GAUAGAAGUUGAUGCUCUAGCUAACAUAUCACUUUACUUCCAACAAAAAGCCACUAGAAAAACAAAAUUAGUGAGAAAUCAUCCAUGAUGAAAAGGUUGUCAUGGGCGAUUAUUUUCAUACUUCUUCUUAUUUGUCUCUUCCAUGGGAACGAGGUUGUAGCAUUCCGUAGUCACGAAUUUGGGCCGAAGAUGGAUUUUUGCGACAAGUUCACUUCUUUUCCUCAAAGAUUUUUGCAUAUCCGAGGUGGUGGUUGCAAGGACUCAAUAUGCGACACUGCAUGCAACAACAUGUUUGGAGGUGUUGGAAUAGUUGUUGCUGGACGAUGUGAGCAGCAUACUUGCGCAUGCUACGACUUUUGCUAUCAUUAUAAUGAUCCUCCGCUAACCGAAUUAAAUUAAGAAAAAGAGACUAAUUUUUCUGCAACUAAAUAAAUAAUUUGGGUGCCUCCAAUAUUUAUUGGUUUCUCAAUAGUUACAGGUUAUUAUUUAGUAGAGUAUUUCUUUGUAUUUCCACUUAU